UGCCGAGCCGAACGCGGCCAGCGGAGCGCCUGGGCGGCGGCGGCGGCGGCGGCGGCUGCGUGCGCGAUGGCUCCGGCCGCGGACCGCGAGGGCUACUGGGGCCCCACGACGUCCACGCUGGACUGGUGCGAAGAGAACUACGCGGUGACCUGGUACAUCGCCGAGUUCUGGAAUACAGUGAGUAACCUGAUUAUGAUUAUACCUCCAAUUUUUGGUGCAAUUCAGAGUGUUAGAGAUGGACUGGAAAAGCGGUACAUUGCUUCUUAUUUAGCACUCACAGUGGUAGGAAUGGGAUCCUGGUGCUUCCACAUGACUCUGAAAUAUGAAAUGCAGCUAUUGGAUGAACUCCCAAUGAUUUACAGCUGUUGUGUAUUUGUGUACUGCAUGUUUGAAUGUUUCAAGAUGAAGAACUCUGUAAACUACCAUCUGCUUUUUAUCUUAGUUCUUUUCAGUUUAAUAGUAACCACAGUUUACCUUAAGGUAAAGGAGCCUGUGUUCCAUCAGGUUAUGUAUGGAAUGUUGGUCUUCACAUUAGUACUUCGAUCUAUUUAUAUUGUUACAUGGGUUUAUCCAUGGCUCAGAGGACUAGGUUAUACAUCCUUGGGCAUAUUUUUAUUGGGAUUUCUGUUAUGGAACAUAGAUAACAUAUUUUGUGAUUCACUGAGGAACUUUCGAAAGAAGAUGCCACCUAUCAUAGGUGUUGCCACACAGUUUCAUGCAUGGUGGCAUAUUUUAACUGGCCUUGGUUCUUAUCUUCACAUCCUUUUCAGUUUGUAUACAAGAACUCUUUACCUGAAAUACAGGCCAAAAGUGAAGUUUCUCUUCGGAAUCUGGCCAGUGAUCCUGUUUGAGCCUCUCAGGAAGCACUGAUGAAUUAUUCCAGGAAAACAAAAAAAGCAUCUACCAUAGGCCUGGCCAAAUGAAUAAGGAAAUCCUUGAAGAUCUACACAUUCAAAUAUAUCAUGACCAUCACAGCAAAGGAGUGACUUUCUAACUAAUGCUGCCAGUCACACAGAGAAUAAGGAAUAGUCUUGUUGGAUGUUGAGCUCGCGUCUUUAUCUCAUUUGUCCCUUCUCCUCCUCACCCUCACCCUAAGAUGUUUAAAAAGAAACAGACAUGAUGUGUGUAUAUAUAGUUGAAUGCUGGAAAAAUGAGGCUUUUCUUAACAGGUUAACAGUUUGUGCUGAUCAUAGGAAAUUUAACCUUUUUCCCUUUUUUGACAAGGGUUGCAUGUAAAUUAUACUUUGCUUAAUAUUUGAUUAAAUGAUCCAAACAGUCAGCUAAGUAUUGGCAAAACCCCAUACCCAGAUGGCCAGCUGUGGAGCUGGCCGUGUCAGCCUUGAUUUGUGUUCUUGUCGUAGUAACCUCAUGAAUGGUUUUCCAAGGUGAAAAAGAGCUAUCUGUGGGAUUCUGGUAGUUCCUCACGGUCUGCCCUUGUGCUAGUCAGCAUGUCAUAAGCAAGCUCCAACUGGCCACUCGGUUCCCUACUUGCCAUACCCCAGAUUUGCAGUGGGUUCUGGGGUGUCUGUGUGUGGCCACCGCCAAUCGGAGUUGAGUGGGUCACCUUGUAGAGUUUGCGAAGACCACAAGGACACCAGUGGGAUGUUGUGCCUCCAGGCUGUUAGUUAAAGGUGGUUUCUCUGUUUUCUUUGAUCUUUGCAGAUCUUUAAGUUGUCACUGGUUUUAUGGCUAGGCAAACAUGAUUGGUGGUCUGGCCUGCCAAUAUUCCACCCUCUUGACGGAACUUAUUUGAAGUUACCAGUGAAUGUUGUUUGUUACACUCUUUAUAAACUAUGCCAUAUUUUCCAGUUUUCAGAGGGGCCUUGGUUAUGCCCAGGGAAAUGUAUCAGGUUAACUAGAGCUAAAAUGAUCAGGAUCCUAUUUACAUAAAGCUUAUUAGAAUGCCUGCCCCUUCAUUUGUUGAAGGAAAUAGAUACAAGAGUUGAGAAUGGCUCUCACUUACUUGAACGAACUCCCCAAAAUUAAAAUACUAAAAAAUGGCAGUGAAAUAUCAUCACAAAGCAGCUAGUUCUGAUUUGGGUUCAGAUGCAUAACAAAUUGAAUUACAUUUCACAAACAUAACACCGAUCUGGAGUAAAACCUUAUUUGACCCCUUUGCCUGAGGUAUCACCGUAUUGGUAGCUCUGUACCACUUGGCAUUUUUGCGACUUUAUUAUAAAACCCAGAUUGUUUUUACCGCGUGGUGACAUUGACCCAGAUUAAAUCCUGAAGCUACAGCUUCAAAAGGAAAAUCAUUUUUUUUUCUUCUGCAAAGGUAUAAAAACACUCCUGUCAUUUUCCGAGUAUCCAGUAAGUCGCCUUUGUACAAAUUUAAAACCAGUACAGAUUUUGUUGUUCUUCUUCACCUUCUGGCCUUAGUUUUAGUCCAAGAACUAUUUUCCUUACCAAAGCAUGCCAACACGCCAUUAGGCAUAAACUUCUGCCUACUUUUAUGAUCCUCCAGCAAGAAAAGCACUUGCCAAAAUAAAUCUAAAGAACUUUGGUUGUGCCUUAAGAAAACCUAAAACUAAGCAGUUCUAAUACACAGCCCGUAAGACUGUUCUUUCGCCAUAAGAUUCUGACUUCUGGCUACAUUUCAUGUGCAGCUACCUAGGCUGUCAGCCAUCUUACAUUUUUCAGAUAGGUUCAUUUGUUUCACACCAUUGUCUUUUGUACUUUUCACUCAAGCUACACUUCUGUGUAAAGAAUCUAUGUAUGGCAACAAAGGCACAGCCUUCUUGAUAGCGCAGCCAGGCGCAGGGAGACUGAGGCUGUGCAUAUCACAGACAAGGUGUGGAGAGCCCCCACUGAUACCCAAGCCCUUUCCAGCAGUUUGCUGAACGAACACUUCAGCCACCACCCCCUGUAGUCACUUGCUGAAUGAAGUUGUCCAGCACCUCCGUGGAGAAGCACGGGCACCACUGGGUGACUUGUAACGCUGUGGCCACUUGUUCAGAGACCCUUGUCUCUGCUGUGAAAACAGCUGGCAUGGAAGCAGAAAGCAUUUUAGAAGUGUUGAGCAGAAAGCAGAGACUGAAUCCAGGCUCUAACUCUCCCAAGUUAGCCUGUGCCUCACAUACGGCUCUCUUUCUAGCAGCCUAAGUAUUAGCACACUCAAGACUUCUUUUCUGUGCCAUAGCGAGUAUUAUGGAAAUACUGCUGACCUUCAGGGUAUUGCUAAAUCAACUUUAUUUGAACGGCUUUAUUUUUCCCUUCUAGGAUUCCAGGUAGGCAUUGGAGGGUUGGGUUCCCUUUACUUCCUUGGCAGACUUCCUAAACUAGAGUAUACAAAAACCGAUUUCCUGCUGAGCAGACAUAUCUGAUGUGAAAGGUGCUCCUCUGUGAGCCCUGUAGCAAAUUACAUUUUAGAAAAUACUAGUAUCUUAUGAGGAUAUGAAAGCAGCAGUUGGCCUGUGUAUCUUAAUAUCCUGCCAUUUUCACUCCAGAAAAUUGAAAGCAAUUUGACUUUUUUUCAAGGAAAAACUAAAUGAAAGGUGGUUGUCCUAAUCUGGUUGGUCACUCCACCCACCCCUCCCCACCGUGGUGCUUUCAUGAAAACAUUGCCAACACCUGAAGUGAUCUCUUUUAUCUUUGCGAUAUUGUAUAAAUUGAUGAUUGGGGAUAAAUUGAUGACAAACA